AUGAUCCGGACCCAUAAACCACGGGGCCACUUCUGGACAAACGCUUCUGCUUUCCAGCAAUCAGAGGACUUUAGGGAAAUCAGCUUCGAAGAGUGCACGCCGCCGCCCACGCGGACGUACUUUCCAGGCCCUGAGGAAAAGCUAUCUGCGACAGAGCGAAGCGCCAAACGGAGGCGCAUCGAGCAAUUGGCAGAUGGCUUCUUGAAUGGGGAGCCAUUGUAUAUCACAUCUGCACGACCGUGCCCGGAAGCCCAAAGGCGGACGAUUGUCUGGAACAAGAAGAGCUCGAAUGAGCCAAAAUUUGUUCUUCCGGAGGUGGACCAUUUAGGGGAUGCUGCGGGUCUGUGGGAGGAUGUGGAGGAUGAGCUCGAGAUCUUGCGACGGGCUGCUCAGGCGGGAGCGAAGGCUGAGCAUGAAGUAUCGGAUGCCGCCGAAGACCACGGUGUGAUCGAGGAACAGGCAUCUGCCAGCUGUGGCAAAAGCAAGCGCUUGCGGCCUGCCUAUGUGUCAGCUGGCCCCAGCGAAGAGGCUCUCAGGAUUGCGGCUGCGCUUCGCCUUCGCAAAACACGACAAUUGCAAGACACGAUACAGAGCGACCCAGUGUAUGGAGACCAUCAUUUUGCUCAUCAGAAGAACGGUGCGCCACCAGCCAGCCAUUCUUUACGGCAAACCCCUGAGCCUAGCGAGCAGCGGUCUGUCUGGCUGUCACGAAGGAUGUCCAACGUCCCACUAGCCGAGCUCGGCGACGAGAGCCUGGAUGAGCUUCGCCUGUCGAGGAUAGAUACCCCGUCAAGGCAACUACGAAAGCUCCAGCAGGCUGCGGACUCGUCCCCACGAACGCACGGGAUGAUGCUUAGGAAGCACACGUCUCCGAGGUCAGAUCACAGCACGCCUGCUGAGGUAACGACUAUCCAAGAGACAGUGACACCCGUAUCUGCGGGCCGUUCGAGGCAUUCCCUCCGGACCGUGCCUCGUUCGAGUCGUGGUAGUGCAGUUGGAGAUGACCACGGCGUCGCUCAUGACUCUACAAGGAAUGCACAAGCCUCGUCGGAACCUACGAGUACGGAUCAUGUGGACUCUUCUGGAUCUGCAGACCGGGGCUCGACAAGAGAAAGUGGCCAAUGCGAGACACAAGAACUACCGACCCAUAGGCCUCUGGUCACACCUAUGCAACCCUCUCUUCCAGACCGAACAACCGGCCCGCACCACUACAGCCCUCGUGUGUAUGCAGGCAAAGAAGCAGCGCAGAAUGGGUCUACACCUUUCGUGUUCCGCAAGCGAGGGUCCGGCAUCGACACUGGGCCAGCGGAGGGACGUGGGCAUGAGAACAGCGUACGAUUCUCGAGCCUCAAUACUACGACUAAGGAUGGCGAAUCCGACGAAGACUCUCCCAGAGACCCAGCUGUUGUGGUCCUCAGGAGACCCAUGAAGUUUCUAUCUCAACCGGCGUCCUUGCCGAGAAAGGCGCCUCCUAAAAGCAUCUCUGGGUUAUCGACGGCCGAGACACCUCGAUGCACUAGCGAGCCGCCAACGACGUUACAGACAGCAGACACGCCAUCACCUGCGGAAGUAUACAACACGACUAAGAGUCGUCUUGCUGGUCUGUCGCAGUUCUGGCCGGGAACCCAAGUGCUUCUCAACCAAGCUCAACAAGACUUCUUCGAUUUGCCGGAGAAGCAAGUCAUUGUUGAAGAAGACGAUCCACCAUCCACACGAGCAGACGAAACAUCAGCGCAUGCUAUAUCAAGACCGCCGCUAAAGCAACUAUCCCAGGAACCAAUGCAAAGCACUCAAGCCAUGCUCGCUGCGUUCGAAGGCUUCUCCACCAUCAAGAAGCCAAGAGGUAACCGCGUGCAGUCACCUAUACUUACUCCGACAGUCUUGCGAAAGGCGAUGCAGCGUGAUAAGGACAAAAGGUCGCUCACAUUUUCCAUGGAGGAGCCAAAUGGCACAUCGACAUAUGGCAAGCCACAACGACCAGAAAGCUGUCUCCGCCAUUCGAUUACGUCAACAGACACGCUGACAAGACCAGAUCGCUCCGCAACGUUCUCGGAGAAGAUGGAAUCGAGUCUUCGCCUGACAGCAGGUAUAUCAAGUACCGAGCUUGACACCCCAGCGUCGAUGCCGUUGGCUAGGAGUAGCCUCGAGUCAUUGGUGAUACCUUCUCCCACUGCCAAGGCAACCUCGCAGCCAUUACCGACAGCACACGAGCGCAGCAGCUUUCCUUCCUUCGGUGAGUCCACUACGGACGAGUCACUGCCGACGAAUCCACUUGAUGCUCGGAGACGUCCUGCUGCUACGGUGGCGUCUCAAAGCUUCGUCUCCGAGGUCGAGCGGGAAAUCUGUGGUAACGAUAGCUUUGAAGAGAUGUCGAGCUAUCAAGCCGCGCAGCGGGAAGCGUCGAUGACUGAGAGUCAACUAGGGAGGACCAUCGAUGAAUUGGACUUGGAUGUGCUGAGUAUGGGGGAGAUGGAUGGGGUGUUGAGUCAGGGGUGA